GGUUAAUGUCAAACUUGGCGAAACCCUAACCCUAGUCCUUAAAACAGAGAGCACAUCGCGCCGCCGGCAGUCUGGUCUUCGCUUUUGUUCCGGUUCCUCGAUCGAGCUUUGCGUGCCACGAUGACGAAGAGAACUAAGAAGGCUGGAAUCGUAGGAAAAUAUGGUACAAGAUAUGGUGCCAGUUUGCGGAAACAAAUUAAGAAAAUGGAAGUCUCUCAACAUGCAAAAUAUUUCUGUGAGUUCUGUGGAAAGUAUGCCGUGAAAAGAAAAGCAGUUGGGAUUUGGGGAUGCAAGGACUGUGGGAAGGUGAAGGCUGGAGGAGCUUAUACUUUGAAUACCGCCAGCGCUGUUACUGUGAGGAGCACCAUUCGCCGCCUGAGAGAACAGACUGAAAGCUGAUUGCCAGUAUGGAAACAUCAAGGACUUAUCUUCUCUUUCGUUUUUUUUUUCAAUAGUUCAGUUAAGCAAGAGGACGUGCUUGUUUCAGAUUUUAGUUAACAUUUAAUUAUCGGCAUGAGACUUGGUAGUAUUUCGGCAAUAUUGUCCUUUUGGAAUGGAGUGAAUUCCUUAGUUAUGUUUUCCUGUUGGUUUUGUUUCCUUUGCUGAGACUCGACAUUUAUAUGACCUCUCUUGUUAUUACCCACCACUAAUCUACUUUUUUUUUUCAUCGACAA